CGAGCAUUUGCAGAAAGGAUGUGAGCCGCAGGGGCGUGUGUCUGCUUCGGAAGCACCCCGCAGGAAUCGAGACGCCCUUCCCACAAACAAAGCCUUCCGCCGUGGCGAUGGAGCCGCAAAACGUGAAAUGCUGUUGCAAGAACUGGAUUACGGCUUUAUGCUGUAUAUUGCUGUGGUUGUUUAGCCCUUCAGCGGCCGUCUUCAUCGAAAACUUCAGCCAUGGACGCAUUCUUCCCGUGGUGUGCUACUACGAGAAAGGACAGGCUCUCCGUCCUUAUCCCAUGAACUACGACACUAGCGACGUGCCUGGCCACCUUUGCAGCCACGUGAACCUGGCUUUCAUGGAGCUGAACCGCACCACAUACACUAUCCAAGAGGACCACACAGUCAAGUUCACAGACUUUGCGCAAUUGAAAAAGAAAUUCCCCAGACUGAAGACGUUUACCUCAGUCGGAGGGUGGAGCAACCAGACAAGAGUCAUAUCGGCCAUGACUUCUGGAAGAGAACGGCGAAAAGCAUUUAUCAAGGACGCCAAGAAGCUGCUAGUGGACCACGACUUUGAUGGUCUGGACAUCCACUGGCUUUUUCCCGGAUUUGCUGACCAAGGUGGAAAGAACUCCGACAAGGUCAACUUCGUCAGACUUUUGAAGGAAUUGUACGCUGCCUUCAAGGCGCACAACCUACUGCUUACGGCUGCCAUUCCCAUUAAUCAGCAAAUACUGGACAAUGGCUACGACAUACGAGCCAUUGACAGGUAUGUUGACUGGAUGAAUGUCAUCGGUUACGACAUCAGAGGAUACUGGAAUGGCAGAACAGACGUUCACAGUCCUCUCCAUCGUAGAAGCAUCGACGGAAAUGAUACCGCUGAUUUGAACGUGGAAACCGGCCUUCAGGUGCUGCUGGGUCGCGGAGCCUCCAAACGGAAGUUAGUGCUGGGCGUGGCCUUCUACGGGCGCGUUUACAGGCUGUCCGACCCCCAGAACGUCGGCCUGCACGCCCCUAUCGACUUAGUGAAGAAGCCGCAAAGGGGCGCCUUUCUCAUGAGCGACAACAUACAUGCCUACUUCGAGAUUUGCAAGAACAUCAAGUUUGGCUCGUGGAGACGCAGCUUCGACUCGCAAGGAAUGUGCCCGUACGCAACCAAUGGCCAGGACUGGGUGGGAUACGAAGACGAAGAAAGCAUCGCCAAAAAGGUCGAGUUUGUCCGGAAGGAAGGCUACGCCGGCAUAAUGGUCCUCAGCAGUGACAUGGACGAUUUUCGUGGAGUAUGCGGAACACGCAACAUUCUGCUACAAACGAUCAAUAACGGCAUACGAAGGCUAAGAAACUUCGUUGUUUCAAGAAAUGUUGAGAACGAAAGAACGCUACGUUGAGUUAUGUAGCAGCACCUGUAGUUCGCAUUUUGGUCGAUAUGUGUAACUAUAUGAAUAAUUAUAGCGCAAUGCUUGGUCUUGACUUUUUCCUUCCUCCAUUGCGGGAAUCGGACCAUCACGCAUAUGCUAAGCACAGUGACAUUUCUGUUGCCGCAGGCAGCAACUUCAGUCAUGCAAUCAUACUCACGCUAGAAUAAAAUGUGACGACGCCAAACGACCAUUCACUUGAAUAAAAGAUACAAAUUGCCA